AUGUCAAUUGAUGACUCUUUGGCUCGAUUUUUGGCAUUGGCUCAGUUUUUCUUGAAAGACAAAGAAGCCCUCCUCGAGGAGCCAUACCGAGGAAACGUUGGUGUAAUAUGGGCUCUUUUCGCCAAUUUUUGUAAAGAACAUGGCUUCUCCCUGAUAGUUGUCACCGGCGCUGCAUCAUUUGUUCUGUUGCUUGAGGAAUUCAAUGAUGUUUCAGGUACCGCAUUGAUCCUUAAGACGAACGAAAGCCCGGAACAGACUAAAAUUGAAUGGAUCAACGUAGCCAAUAUUGAGAUAUUGAAGAAUCGAUUGACAUCUGAUUCCGCUUUCGAAGAGAGUCAAGUAGCUGUUGAUUGUUCCUCGCAAAGUGAAGUAAAACCAGUGUUUCAAAGCUUGUUUCAGAUUUUGGACGGGCCGUUAAGAACUGAAAUCGAAUCCAGCCGUAAAAUUAAUGGAUUCGAUUAUGAUUAUAGUCGUCUCUGGGAUGCUUUGACCGAGCCAACUGCCAUGGUGCAGUUAGGAAAGGCUAGAGCAGAGCUUACUUCAACAAAGAAACCUUAUUUCGAGGUUUGUGAGAACAAGCACCACAUUCACGUAAUAACUAACACAUUCUUCAACUCCAAAACACUUGGUCUGUCCAAUGAGAUUCCAUCCAAUGCUCGUGUGACUAAGUUGUUGGCGGCGGCGCAGCACAUGAUUGACAAAGAAGUUCUUGAAUGUAUCCGCACAAAGAUUCAUUUCUUGCCCUUAAUCACCAAUUACACUGAUGUGAAUUUGGGCAAUUGUUCCUAUUUGGAUACCUGUCACAAGCUCAAGAAUUGUCGCUACGUUCAUUACUUCACCAUGUGUCCCCCUCUGCAACCAAACACCAAGGAGACAGAGAAGCAGGUGGUAGCAAUGGAAUACACUAUAGGAGAAUGCCAUGACAGCUCAACCAGGAAACCUUUGCCUCCUCAAUGGAUCAACUGCGAUGUGAGGAAUCUCCCAUUUAGUAUUUUAGGGAAAUUUGCAGCCAUCAUCUCUGACCCAGCUUGGGAUAUCCACAUGGCUUUGCCAUACGGAACCUGUAAGGACACAGAACUUCUCUCAUUGCCCAUGCAAGAGCUUCAGGACGAGGGAAUUAUCUGUCUUUGGGUCACAGGAAGAUCCAUUGAAAUCGGUAGAAAGGCUUUGGGCCAAUGGGGCUACACAGUCAGUGACGAGGUGAUCUGGAUCAAGACCAAUCAGCUCAAUCGUACGAUUGUUACUGGAAGAACCGGCCAUUGGCUCAACCACUCGAAGGAGCACUUGCUUGUCGGUGUCAAAGGAAACCCUAUAUGGUUGAAUAGAAAGAUAGACGUCGACUUUAUUGUCAGCGGAACCCGGGAGACUCUGAGAAAGCCAGAUGAACUCUACGAAAUUGUCGAGCGGAUAGUUGGUAAGCAUGCUCGGAAGCUUGAGAUCUUCGGCCGGGACAACAACAUCCGUCCAGGGUGGGUCAGUAUGUAUGGAACAGGCCGAUUCUGUUCAUUUCAUUUAUUGCAAACAAUUUACUAA